AUGGGAGGUAAUAAUAAACAAGGCAUGUUUAGAUUUGCUGAUAAAAAAGAUAAGUUGUUAAUGUUCUUUGGAACAUUAGGUAGUAUGGGAGAUGGUCUUCAGAUUCCUCUAAUGAUGUUUGUGCUUAGUGAUGUAAUUAAUGAUUAUGGAAAUCUAAGUAACUCUGUUUCUAUGAAGACUGUCAACAAGUAUUCUCUCAGGUUACUCUAUGUUGCAUUUGGAGUUGGACUGGCUGCUUUUGUUGAAGGAUUAUGUUGGGCAAGAACUGCAGAAAGACAAACAUCUAGAAUGAGAUUAGAGUACCUAAAAUCUGUUCUAAGGCAAGAAGUUGGAUUUUUCGAUACACAGGCAGCUGAAUCUUCCACUACUUAUCAAGUAAUUUCGACUGUAUCAGCUGAUUCAACUACCAUCCAAAUCACCAUAGGCGAGAAGAUACCUGAUUGCCUGGCUUACAUGUCAUCCUUCCUGUUCUGUCAUAUCUUUGCCUUUCUACUCUCAUGGAAGAUCACGUUGGCCGCGAUACCAUUCACCUUAAUGUUCAUCAUUCCUGGACUUGGAUUUGGUACAAUGAUGAUGAAUGUGGGAAUGCAGAUGAUAGAGUCAUAUGGAGUCGCCGGGGGAAUAGCAGAACAAGCUAUCUCUUCUAUAAGAACAUUGUACUCUUAUGUGGCUGAGAACCAAACUCUCGAGAAGUUCAGUCAAUCGUUGCAGAAAGUUAUGGAACUAGGAAUCAAACAAGGCUUUGCUAGAGGGUUGUUGCUAGGUAGCUUGGGAAUGGUUUAUAUUAGUUGGGCUUUUCAAGCAUGGCUGGGAUCGAUUCUAGUUAGCAAACAUGGAGAAAAAGGAGGUGAUGUAUUUGUAGCAGGUUUCAAUGUUCUUAUGGGAGGAUUAAACAUUCUGUCGGCUCUUCCAAAUCUUACAGCAAUCACGGAGGCAAAAUCUGCUGCAAUUCGGAUCACAGAGAUGAUUGAUCGACAACCUGCAAUUGACACUGAAGACAAGAAGGGGAAAGCAUUGUCAUAUGUAAGAGGAGAAAUCGAAUUCAAUGGUGUAUACUUCAGUUACCCCUCAAGGCCUGAUACGCCUAUCUUGCAAGGCCUGAAUCUUAGAAUUUCACCUGGGAAAACUACAGGACUUGUUGGGGGUAGUGGUUCAGGGAAGUCCACAAUCAUUUCAUUGCUUCAGAGAUUCUACGAUCCCAUUGAAGGCGAUAUUUCGUUGGAUGGUCACAAGAUAAAGAAACUCCAUAUAAAGUGGCUGAGGUCCCAAAUAGGUCUGGUUAAUCAAGAACCAAUUCUCUUUGCAACAACCAUAAAAGAGAACAUACUAUUUGGCAAAGAGGGAGCAACUAUGGAAGAAGUAGAGAAGGCAACAAAAGCUGCAAAUGCUCAUGAUUUUAUUAUAAAGUUACCAGAUGCAUAUGAAACUCAGGUUGGGCAAUUUGGUCUGCAGUUAUCUGGAGGACAAAAGCAGCGAAUAGCCAUAGCGAGGGCUUUGAUAAGAGAUCCAAAAGUCCUGCUGCUCGAUGAAGCUACAAGUGCAUUGGAUUCACAAUCUGAAAGAGUUGUACAACAGGCCCUGGAUCAUGCAUCUAUGGGAAGAACUGCAAUCGUCAUAGCUCACCGUCUGUCCACCAUUAGAAUGGCGAAUAGGAUAGUAGUUCUUCAACAAGGGAGAGUAAUCGAGUCUGGAACACACGAAGAGCUUAUGCAAAUGACUGAUGGCGAAGGUGGAGAGUAUUACAAAAUGGUGCAGCUGCAGCAACUAGCCACAUUAAAUGAUGUUGCCAAUACCCCUAAUCAAAAGACUGGUGGAAGAAGUAGCUAUCGAAAAGGUAGUAAUACCCCUCAAAGUCCAUUCAACAUGAUAUCUAGUGCAGCAGCCACACCGGUUAUGUACUCGUUCAGUCCAGCAUUUUCUAGAAGUACACCAUUGUCAGUUCCUUAUUCCGUCCAGUACGAAGAAUCAUAUGACAGUUAUGAUAACCAUUCCACAAAAGAGGCUCAUCCAGCACCUUCACAAUUGCGUUUACUCCAAAUGAAUGCUCCUGAAUGGGGUAGAGCUUUGCUCGGAUGCAUAGGAGCGAUAGGCUCAGGAGCUGUUCAGCCAAUAAAUGCCUACUGCGUGGGGGCAGUUAUAUCUGUUUACUUCCGGCCUGAUAAAUCCUCCAUCCAAUCCCACGCGAGGAUCUAUUCUUUCAUAUUCAUAGGUCUUGCUGUUUUCAACUUCUUCACGAAUGUUAUCCAACACUACAAUUUUGCUGUCAUGGGAGAAAGGCUAACCAGAAGGAUUAGGGAAAUGCUGCUUGCCAAACUCAUGACGUUUGAGAUCAAAUGGUUUGAUCAAGACGAGAACACGAGUGCAGCCAUAUGUGCUCGGCUAUCAACUGAAGCAAACAUGGUUCGUUCCCUUGUGGGAGACCGUAUGUCAUUGCUAGCUCAAGCAUUCUUUGCUGCUACAUUUGCUUAUACAUUAGGACUUUUCCUAACAUGGAAGCUGUCCUUAGUGAUGAUGGCAGCUCAGCCUUUGCUCAUUGGAAGUUUUUACGCGAGGACUGUACUGAUGAAGAGUAUGUCUGUAAAAGCACAGAAAGCUCAAAGAGAGGGAAGCCAAUUAGCAAGUGAAGCUGUUAUUAAUCAUAGAACAAUAACUGCUUUCUCAUCUCAGAAAAGGAUAGUAGGGCUCUUUAGAGACUCAUUAGAAGGUCCUAGAAAGGAAAGCAUACGACAAUCUUGGUAUGCCGGUAUAGGUCUAUGUAGCUCUCAAUUCCUAGCUGCAGCUUCUACAGCUUUAGCUUACUGGUAUGGCGGAAAACUAUUGUCACAAGGGGACAUAUCUCCUGAGAAACUUUUUCAAGCAUUUCUAGCAUUGCUUUUCACUGCUUAUACUAUUGCUGAGGCAGGAAGCAUGACUAAAGAUAUAUCUAGAGGAAAUAAUGCUGUGGGUUCAGUCUUUGCAAUCCUCGAUAGAAACACUGAGAUCAAUCCAGAUAAUUCAUCAGCAAUAGAUGCAACGAGAACACAAAUAAGGGGACGUGUGGAGCUGAAAAGACUAUUUUUUGCUUAUCCAUCAAGACCAGAUCAGCUGAUUUUCAGAGGAUUAAGCCUCAAGAUAAGUGCAGGAACUACAGUAGCAUUAGUUGGACAAAGUGGUUGUGGAAAAUCAACGAUAAUUGGGCUUAUUGAAAGAUUUUAUGAUCCAGAUAAAGGAUCAGUCUAUAUCGACGAAAGGGAUGUAAAAGACUACAACUUGAGAUCCCUGAGGCAAAGUAUUGCAUUAGUUAGCCAAGAACCAACUCUCUUUGCAGGAACUAUCUAUGAGAACAUUGCAUAUGGAAAAGAGAACGCCAGCGAAUCUGAGAUAAUAAAGGCUGCUGUGCUUGCUAAUGCUCAUGAAUUUAUAAGUGGAAUGAAUGAUGGAUAUGAAACACAAUGUGGACAAAGGGGAGUGCAACUAUCAGGAGGUCAGAAACAACGAAUAGCCAUUGCCCGAGCAAUACUCAAGAGCCCGAAAAUCCUGUUGUUAGAUGAAGCAACUAGUGCUCUUGACACUGUAUCUGAAAGCGCGGUCCAAGAAGCACUAGAGAAAAUGAUGGUUGGACGAACAUGCAUUGUCGUGGCUCAUCGCCUUUCUACAAUACAGAAAGCUAGUUCCAUUGCUGUUAUAAAGGAUGGAAUAGUUGCAGAACAAGGCUCACAUUCUGAUCUACUUUCUAUAGGAAAAUAUGGUUCAUAUUAUUCUUUGGUCAAGUUACAAGGGGGAAACUCUCCUUACAGGUAA